AUGAUCGCGUCGUUGUCCAAACCUAACGUUGAAGAUCAGCCCUGUGAGACACAGGCGUGGGAAAACAUCUGCUAUGUCCUCGAUAUGGUCCUCCUGAUCACGGGGUUGGUGGCGAACGCCGCCCUGCUCUGGCUGUUUCUGAUGGAGAGGAAAUCACUGUCUGCCUCGAAGGUUCUAGGUUUGAAUCUGGCUGUGAUGGAUCUCAUCUUCCUGUUUACGGUGCCUGUGAGCUUAAUAAAUAGAAAUCUGGAUCCAUCGGUCAUACAUAACCGGUCAGUCUCUAUCAAUAACCGAUUGGAAAAGACGGAAAAUGUCUGCAGCAUGUUCAACCUGAUGGGCUGCCCCCUGCUGCUGACCUGCAUGUGUGUGGAGCGCUACCUGGCAGUGAUGAGGCCGGUGCUGUACCUGCGCGUGAGGAAGUGGGAGUACCGAGUGGCCGUCAGCGCCGCGGUGUGGGCCAUCACCCUGGUGUUCGUUGUGGCUACAAUUUUUGUGCCUGAUGAAGCCAUCAUUUUGGCCCCUGUCUCCAUCAUCAUCUCCUGCCUCUUCAUCUUAAUGCUCCUCUGCCUUGGCAGUGUGAUCUGGUCACUGCGGCAGCAAAGCCCCGCCCUCAGCAACAACGGAAAACAACGCUGCACUGAGUCGACGCUCAAGAAACAGGCAGUGCGUAACGUGUUGAUCGUGGUGGUGCCGGCGGUGAUGUCCUACCUCCCGGUCCUGAUGCUGCUCGGUGUGUUCAUAGGCCCUCUGUUCUACUUCUCCAAGGUCCAACAGAUGGAUCCUUCCCAGGCCAACAUAUCCCAUGAUUCAUAG